CGUAUUUCGAGUAUUGAUUUUCUGGCACCUACUUUUUGAAAGGACCAGCGAGGGAUGCUGCAGGUACAUCUUUGUUCUUCAAGAUAGCGCUGCGUCAAGUACGACACUUUGUCCGAUGGCUCAAUUGUCUCCGGCGUCGCUCCCGAAACAACUGGCCAACUUCACCAAUUCCACAGCUGGCCUUGACUUGGGCCUCCGUCUGCUCCAUGCCUUGACGCUUAUCGGGACCGGGGUCGAUCUCGACAAUGCCACAGUUAUGAGAUGCUCGGUUGCGGCAGCACAGAUAGGAUUAGCGAGGCGCUAUCUCCGCUUCUUCGAUUUUCUCGGUUGUUUUCAAAAUGUUCAUGACAUUUUGGCUGCAGGAAGCCCUACGAGAACCAGGACAGCAAUGGAGUUGGCCGAAUCUAGCGCUUUGGGGAUGUAUCUGGUUUUGGAGGGAACGACCAUGCUGCAUGACAUGAAUGUCUACUUGGUUUCGUGGUACACGCCUGUUCUGCUCGAGGCUUACAAGUUCUGGUUCUACGCCAUCUGUAUAGCAAUCGCCAGAACUGCUUUGGAUCUUCUCUUUGGAGGGGAAUCUAGGAAUUCCUCACCCUCAGAACCCAUCCUAUCCACUGCAUCUCUCUUGAACCAGCUUGUGAUUGAUGCCUUGAACUUGAUAAUUCCCGGGUCUUUACUGGGGUGGAUCCCCGUGAGCGAGAUGGGGGUUGCCCUCGCAAUGCUGGUUAGCACUAUACUUGUUUGGCCAGCUGUCUGGGGGAAAGCACAGAAAUAGAUUGUGGUAAUGUCAAGAGACUUGUCACAGGGUGUAUCACCAUAUACAUAGAAAUAGAUACUGAAGACAUAGAGUAUAGUAAAGCUAUAGAAUAACA